AUGGCUUCGCCGCCGCGGCGGCGACUGCGCCUUCGCCCCCGCCGCCUCCUGCUCCUUCUCCCCGGAAUCCUGCUGCCUCUCUGCGGCGCCUUCAAUCUAGAUGUGGAGAGUCCUGCGGAGUACUCCGGCCCAGAGGGAAGUUACUUCGGCUUCGCGGUGGACUUCUUCGUGCCCAGCGCGUCUUCCAGGAUGUUUCUUCUGGUGGGAGCGCCCAAAGCGAACACUACCCAGCCUGGGAUUGUGGAAGGAGGGCAAGUCCUUAAGUGUGACUGGUCUUCUCACCGCAGGUGCCAGCCAAUUGAGUUUGAUGCAACAGGCAACAGAGAUUAUGCCAAGGAUGAUCCAUUGGAGUUUAAGUCUCAUCAGUGGUUUGGAGCAUCUGUGAGGUCAAAACAGGAUAAAAUUUUGGCCUGUGCCCCACUGUAUCACUGGAGGACUGAGGUGAAGCAGGAAAGAGAGCCUGUUGGAACAUGCUUUCUUCAGGACGGAACAAAGACUGUUGAGUAUGCUCCAUGCAGAUCAAAAAAUAUUGAUGCUGAUGGACAGGGAUUUUGUCAAGGAGGAUUCAGCAUUGAUUUUACUAAAGCUGACAGAGUACUUCUUGGUGGUCCUGGUAGUUUUUACUGGCAAGGUCAACUCAUUUCCGAUCAAGUAGCAGAAAUUGUAUCUAAAUAUGACCCCAAAGUUUACAGCAUCAAGUAUAAUAACCAGUUAGCAACUCGGACUGCACAAGCUAUUUUUGAUGACAGUUAUUUGGGUUACUCAGUGGCUGUCGGAGAUUUCAACGGUGAUGGCAUAGAUGACUUCGUUUCAGGAGUUCCAAGAGCAGCAAGGACUUUGGGAAUGGUUUAUAUUUAUGAUGGGAAAAACAUGUCCUCCUUACACAAUUUUACUGGUGAACAGAUGGCUGCAUAUUUUGGAUUUUCUGUCGCUGCUACUGACAUUAAUGGGGAUGAUUACGCAGAUGUGUUUAUCGGCGCACCUCUCUUCAUGGAUCGUGGUUCUGAUGGCAAGCUCCAGGAGGUGGGGCAGGUCUCGGUAUCUCUGCAGAAAGCUUCGGGAGACUUCCAGACCAUCAAGCUGAAUGGUUUUGAGGUCUUUGCAAGGUUCGGCAGUGCCAUAGCCCCUUUGGGAGAUCUAGACCAAGAUGGCUUCAACGAUAUUGCAAUUGCUGCUCCAUAUGGGGGUGAAGAUAAAAAGGGAAUUGUUUAUAUUUUCAAUGGAAGACCCACAGGCUUGAAUGCAGUACCAUCUCAGAUCCUGGAAGGGAAGUGGGCAGCUCGGAGCAUGCCACCAAGCUUCGGCUAUUCCAUGAAAGGAGCCACGGAUAUAGACAAGAAUGGAUAUCCAGACUUAAUUGUAGGAGCUUUUGGUGUAGAUAGAGCUGUAUUAUACAGGGCCAGACCAGUUAUCACUGUAAAUGCUGGCCUUGAAGUGUACCCUAGCAUUUUAAAUCAAGAAAAUAAAACCUGCUCUCUGCCUGGGACAGAUCUCAAAGUUUCCUGUUUUAACGUCAGGUUCUGCUUAAAGGCAGAUGGCAAAGGAGCACUUCCUAGGAAACUUGACUUCCAGGUGGAGCUUCUUUUGGAUAAACUCAAGCAGAAAGGAGCAAUUCGACGAGCACUCUUUCUCCAUAACAGGUCCCCGGGUCACUCCAAGAACAUGACCAUCUCAAGGGGGGGACAGAUGCAGUGUGAGGAGCUGAUUGCAUAUCUGCGGGACGAAUCUGAAUUUAGAGACAAACUCACUCCAAUUACUAUUUUUAUGGAGUAUUGGUUGGAUUAUCGAACAGCUGCUGAUGCAACAGGGUUGCAACCUAUUCUUAACCAAUUUACUCCGGCCAAUGUUAGUCGACAGGCUCAUAUUCUACUUGACUGUGGUGAUGACAAUGUCUGUAAACCCAAACUGGAGGUUUCUGUAGAUAGUGAUCAAAAGAAGAUCUAUAUCGGGGACGACAACCCUCUGACCUUGAUUGUUAAGGCUCAGAAUCAGGGAGAAGGUGCCUAUGAAGCCGAGCUCAUCGUUUCCAUCCCACUGCAGGCUGAUUUCAUCGGGGUUGUCCGCAACAGUGAAGCCUUAGCAAGACUUUCCUGUGCGUUUAAGACAGAAAACCAAACCCGCCAGGUGGUUUGUGAUCUUGGAAACCCAAUGAAGGCUGGAACUCAACUCUUAGCUGGGCUUCGUUUCAGUGUCCACCAGCAAUCAGAGAUGGAUACGUCUGUGAAAUUUGAUUUACAAAUUCAAAGCUCCAAUCUUUUUGAUAAAGUAAGCCCGGUUGUAUCUUACAAAGUUGACCUUGCUGUUUUAGCUGCUGUUGAGAUAAGAGGAGUCUCAAGUCCUGAUCAUAUCUUUCUUCCGAUUCCAAAUUGGAAGUACAAAGAGAACCCUGAGACUGAAGAAGAUGUUGGGCCAGUUGUUCAGCACAUCUAUGAGCUGAGAAACAAUGGUCCGAGUUCAUUCAGCAAGGCAAUGCUACAUCUUCAGUGGCCUUACAAAUAUAACAAUAACACUUUGUUGUACAUCCUUCAAUAUGAUAUUGAUGGGCCAAUGAACUGCACUUCAGAUAUGGAGAUUAACCCUUUGAGAAUUAAGAUCUCAAAUUCACAAGCAACUGAAAAGAAUGAUACAAGUGGUGGGCAAGGUGACCGGAAUCAUCUCAUCACGAAGCGGGAUCUCACCCUCAAUGAAGGAGAUGUUCACACUUUGGGUUGUGGAAUUGCUGAAUGCUUGAAGAUUGUCUGCCAGGUGGGGCGACUGGACAGAGGAAAGAGUGCAAUCCUGUAUGUAAGGUCUCUACUGUGGACCGAGACCUUUAUGAAUAAGGAAAACCAGAAUCAUUCAUAUUCUUUGAAAUCGUCUGCUUCAUUUAAUGUCAUAGAGUUUCCUUAUAAAAACCUUCCAAUUGAGGACAUCUUCAACUCCACAUUGGUUACCACUAAUGUCACCUGGGGCAUUCAGCCAGCACCCAUGCCUGUACCUGUGUGGGUGAUCAUUUUAGCAGUUCUAGCAGGAUUGUUGUUACUGGCUGUUUUAGUUUUCGUAAUGUACAGGAUGGGCUUUUUUAAGCGUGUACGGCCACCUCAAGAAGAACAAGAAAGGGAACAGCUUCAGCCUCAUGAAAAUGGUGAAGGAAACUCAGAAACUUAA